CCCACGUGGGGAGCUACGCGGUAGAUCCGGCUUUAAUCACAAGUGCGGGAGAGUGAUCUGCGGUGAAAAUGGGGCCGGCCCCCACCGGAGAGCAGCUGAGCGGGGCCUCAGGGGAGCUAGAGGUGAUGGAACUUGCCCUAGAAGGCGAGGGCAAGGAGAAGGCCUCCUCAAGAAAGCGUGCAAAAGCUGAGUCACCUGCAGAAGGCUUCCUGCAGCCAGUGAAGCUCAGUCGGGCAGAACUAUACAAGGAGCCUACAAAUGAGGAGCUGAAUCGCCUCCGGGAAACUGAAAUCUUGUUUCACUCCAGCUUGCUUCGCUUGCAGGUGGAGGAGUUACUGAAGGAAGUAAGACUGUCAGAAAAGAAGAAAGAGAGGAUUGAUGCUUUCCUGAAGGAGGUCAACCAGAGGAUCCAGAGAGUGACUCCAGUCCCUGAGACUGAGCUUACUGACCAGUCAUGGCUUCCAUCCGGGGUUCGAGUGCCCCUCCACCAAGUGCCCUAUAGUGUGAAGGGCUCCUUCCGCUUCCUGCCUCCAUCCCAGAUCACUGUCGUGGGCAGCUACCUUCUGGGUACUUGUGUCCGACCAGACAUCAAUGUCGAUGUGGCACUGACCAUGCCCAGGGAAAUCUUACAAGACAAAGAUGGGCUGAACCAGCGCUACUUCCGCAAGCGAGCCCUUUACCUGGCUCACUUAGCUCACCACCUGGCCCAGGAUCCCCUCUUCAGCAGUGUCCGAUUCUCUUACAGCAGAGGCUGCCACCUGAAGCCUUUACUGCUGCUGCGGCCACAUGGGAAGGAUGAGCGCCUGGUUACUGUGCGUCUGCAUCCAUGCCAUCCUGUGGACUUCUUCCGCCCUUGCCGCCUGCUGCCAACUAAGAAUAAUGUGCGCUCUGCCUGGUACAGAGGACAGAGUGCUCCAGAGAGUGCUAGCCCAGAACCCCCUACCCCCCUCUACAACACAUGGAUCCUGCAGGACACAGCUCUCAAGGCUCAAAUGGACCUACUGUCAACUGUGCUGGGCUCUGCCCAGGGCCUGAAGAAUGGUGUGGCACUUCUGAAGGUUUGGCUGAGGCAGCGGGAGCUGGAUAAGGGCCUGGGCGGAUUUAAUGGAUUCCUUAUCUCCAUGCUGGUUGCCUUCCUUGUGUCUAAACACAAGAUUCAUAGCAGCAUGAGCGGCUACCAGGUCCUGAGGAGUGUCCUGCAGUUUUUGGCUACUACGGAUCUGACUGUGAAUGGGAUCAGUUUAUCUCUCAGCUCAGAUCCCUCCUUGCCAGCCCUGGCUGACUUCCACCAGGUUUUCCCAGUUGUGUUCCUGGACUCUUCAGGCCGCCUCAACCUCUGUGCUGAUGUCACAGCUUCUACAUACAAACAGGUGCAGCACGAGGCACGACUGUCGAUGGCCUUGCUGGACAGCAAAGCUGACGAUGGAUUUCAGCUGCUGUUGAUGACUCCCAAACCCAUGAUCCGGGCUUUUGACCAUGUUGUCCAUCUCCGUCCACUGAGUCGCCUGCAGGCUGCAUGUCACCGGCUAAAGCUUUGGCCAGAGCUGCAGGACAAUGGUGGGGACUACAUUUCAGCCAUUUUGGGCCCACUAACCACCAUUUUGGAGCAGGGUCUGGGGUCCCGGCUGUACUUGCUGGCUCACUCUCGACCCCCAGUCUUAGAGUGGGAUAUAAACCAAGAUCCACCGAAGCACAAGGACUCUGGGACCCUGACCCUGGGAUUGCUCCUCCGACCUGAGGGACUGACCAGUGUGCUUGAUCUUGGUCCAGAGGCUGACCAGCCUGAGGCAGCUGAUUUCCGUCAGUUCUGGGGAUCCCGCUCAGAACUUAGACGAUUCCAGGAUGGAGCCAUCCGGGAAGCUGUGGUCUGGGAUGCGUCCUCAAUGUCUCAGAAGCGCCUUAUUCCUCAUCAAGUGGUCACCCAUCUCUUGGCACUCCAUGCUGACAUCCCAGAUACCUGUGUUCACUAUGUGGGCGGAUUCCUUGACGCAUUGAUCCAAGGCCCCAAAGAGCCCUCCAACACAGGUGAGGAGGCCCUGGCAUUGGCUGUGCGUUGCUAUGAUGACCUUAGCCGCCUGCUGUGGGGGCUGGAGGGUCUCCCACUCACUGUGUCUGCCAUUCAGGGAACUCACCCAGUGUUGCGUUAUACAGAGGUGUUCCCUCCAGUUCCCGUCCAACCCGCCUAUUCCUUCUAUAACCGUCUCCAAGAGCGGGCCUUGCUGUUGCCCCGGCUGGAUAAGCCCUGCCCAGCCUAUGUGGAGCCCAUGACUGUGCUUUGUUACCUGGAGGGCAGUGGGCAGUGGCCUCAGGACGCAGAGGCUGUACAGCGCGUCCGAGCUGCCUUCCAGCUACGCCUGGCAGAGGUGUUGACACAGCAGCAUAGGCUACAGUGCCGCGCCACUGCCACACACACCGAUGUCCUCAAGGAUGGGUUUGUGUUUAGAAUUCGAGUGGCUUAUCAGCGGGAACCACAGAUCCUGAGGGAGGUACGGAGCCCCGAGGGGAUGGUCUCUAUGAGAGACACACCUGCCUCCCUCCGCCUUGACAAAGACACCAGGCUGUUGCCCCUGCUCACCAGUGCCCUGCAUGGACUCCAGCAGCAGCACCCAGCCUUCUCAGGUGUGGCCCGCCUGGCCAAGCGGUGGGUGCGUGCCCAGCUUCUGGGUGAGGGGUUCACUGACGAGAGCCUGGAUCUGGUGGCUGCUGCCCUCUUCCUGCACUCUGAGCCCUUCACCCCUCCCAGCUCCCCCCAGGUUGGCUUUCUUCGGUUCCUUUGCCUGGUGUCUACCUUCGAUUGGAAGAAUAACCCUCUCAUUGUCAAUCUCAACAGUGAGCUGACUGCUGAGGAGCAGGUAGAGAUUCGAAGUAGUUUCCUGGCAGCUCGGACACAGCUCCCAGUCAUGGUCAUCAUUACUCCCCAGGACCGCAGAAGCUCUGUGUGGACACAGGACAGACCCUCUGCCCAGAUUCUUCAGCAGCUCAUAAGCCUGGCAGCGAAGGCCCUUCCUGUUCUGGAGAAGCAGCUGAUGGAUCCCUGGGGGCCUGGGGACAUUAGGACAGUUUUCCGGCCGUCCUUCGACAUGUAUGAUGUACUGAUCCACCUGACUCCACGCCACAUUCCCCGACACCGCCAAGCUGUAGACACCCCGGCUGCUUCCUUCUGCCGUGGUCUGCUCGCUGAGCUGGGGCCUUCCUCUCUGAUGCCUGUCCUAGGCUAUGAUCCCCCUCAGCUCUAUCUGGCACAGCUCAGGGAGGCCUUUGAAGAUUUGGCUCUUUUCUUCUAUGACCAGCAUGGUGGAGAGGUGAUUGGAGUCCUCUGGAAGCCCAGCAGCUUCCAGCCCCAGCCCUUUAAGGCCUCCAGCAUAAAGGGACGCAUGGUGGUGUCUCGAGGUGGGGAGCUUAUGAUGGUGCCCAACAUAGAAGCCAUCUUGGAGGACUUUGCUGUGUUGGGUGAAGGCCUGGUACAGGCUGUAGAGGCCCGAAGUGAGAGGUGGACUGUGUGAUUCCAGCUUUGGGACAAGCAGUAGGUGCACCAUGGGACUUUGGAUCUCUGAAGCAGAAUGUCAGCGGGCAGCCAGUCUCAUUGCAGUAUGGACACCUGCUGUCCUGAGCACACUGAAUCAUUCCCCAGAGAAGGCCCUGACAGAGUCUUCAGUCUGAUGCUUCAGUAGUUGGGCAGGAGCCGUGGUGCCCUAUAUCCCCUAGGUCCAACCAUCCAAAUUCCCAGAGGAGGAGCCAGCUCAGAAGGAACUGAAUCCAUUUGCCUGUCAGCCCUCAGUUGGCCUGAGCUGUUUUCUCUUUUUGUUUUUUUCUCCCAUCUUUAUCUUCCCACUGGCAGGACAUACAUGUCCAGAUAACAGUGUGCUUUUCACUUUUGCUGGUUCAAAGAGGUUGUAGCCUUUCAGAGGGCCCCAGCACGGGGCACUGAGCAGUGGGGGGGGGGGGGGGGCGGGGGGCGUGUGUAUGAGUAGAACCCAUUGAGCAGGCACAAUGCUUUCCCGUGUUGGUGCUGCUGCCUCCCAAGGUAGUAACAGUAGAAAAGGACACAGACCAGGCAGGGGCUGGGUAGAUGGAGUUGGGGGGGAUCCCCCAGCCCAGAAGAGGUACAGAAAGCACCAGGUGCUGCGGCCUGGGCUCUCAGUGAGAGUCCUACCCAUUCUUUGCAGCUGCCUAUCAUUCUCCAUUACUGUGCCACACACCUGCUCUCCAGGAGCCCUGAGGGAGGCAGGAUGCCUCCUCUAAGCCUGAUCCACACCCCCUUCUGGCAGCUACUCCCUGCUUUUCUCCCGUAAUCCUGGCUGGUUUUUUUAGACUCAGCUCAGAUAGCACCCCUCCUAAGUCCCUGCCCUCACCCCCACCCCUCUUUCCCUCCUGUGAACUGUGAAUGCAAUUACUCCUUGUUGAGUUCACUUGGUAGUUAGGCAUACCAGCGUGCACCUUCUAUUGUUUUGAACUCUGAUUUAAAAUUAAAUUGCUUAACUCUUUCUGGGUA